AUGAAACUGAACAAAUGGCUCACUUUAGCUAGUCUAGUUGGCCUGGCAGCAUCCAAAGAUACUUAUUCUUACGAAGACUAUGUUGUGAUUGCUUGUAAGUCAGCAGUUGAGGCCACUGCUACUUUUUGCGAAGGUAAGAGCAAGGGGUACGCUUGUGCUUGCUCCAAUCCUGCAGAGUUGGGUUCGUGGAUCUCCUGUGUCUACAAUAAUACUGGAAAGUAUAACAAUGCUGCGGACAAUGCUUUGGUGAAUUCUUGCCACCGCUAUAAAUUUACCGUUGAUAAAAUUCAUGCAGCCUAUGAAAAUGCUACCAAGUAUAUGGUCAACCUUAGCAACGUCAAGGGUUUCAAGAAAAAAACCAUCAUCAACUACCCCAUCACCGGUGGUAACUUGACCAAGAAUUACGAGGGCUACUAUUGGGGUAACGUUCAUAGAUGGAACAAUGUGGCAGUGUCCCACUAUCUGGGUAUUGCAUCACUGUCUGCUUGGGCAUUGCUGAUAGUUGUGUGUGCUUUCAUUAACUGGUCACUUAUCCUGCUACCAUCUUUGAGAAGAAAGCUGGUAGGCCCAGCCAGUAAUUUCUGGAGAAAACACAUUGCCCUGCCGGCAGUUUUUGGAGGCAGACAUAUGGAGAACUUUGGGUUGCUAGGACUAUUCCCUGACAGAUUCGAGUCGAUUGUUCUUACCAUAUUCUUCAUCUACUCCUUCUUGGCAAAUGCUAUUCUCGGGUUCACCUACUAUAAAGGCGAUAUGGUUUUCAAAACAAAGUCUACCGGAUACGCAAGAUACAUCGGCGAUAGGUCUGCUAUUCUGCUUUCUUACUUGGUCCCUCUGCUCUUUGGAUUCCCCGGAAGAAAUAACAUCAUGCAGUGGGUCACCAGGUGGCCGUAUUCCAGAUUUGUCACUUUCCACAAAGGGCUUGGUAGAAUAUUCUGCUUGGAAGUGCUUGUGCAUUCUAUUGCCAUGACUAUCCAGUCUUUUGCUCUUGGAAAAUGGCACACCAGAAUCCAUGCAGCUUACUUUCAACAGGGUAUUGCAGCAACCGUGUGCUGUUGGGUGGCUAUGGGUUUUGCUGCCUACGGAGUGAGAAGAUAUUGGUAUGAGCUAUUCCUCGUCAGCCACAUCGUUUUGAUAGCCAUGUUCUUGUGGACUGCCUGGUUGCAUGCUGCUUCCCAGAAUUACGGCAAGUACUACUACGCUUGUGCUGCGAUCUGGUGUUUUGAUAGAGCUGUCAGAAUUGCCAGAAUUGUACUAUUUGGCGUUAGAACUGCUAGAUGCGAAAUCCUCGAGAAAGAAGGAACCAUCAAACUUUCAAUUCCUUAUCCAAAGAGUUACUGGAAGCCUUCUCCAGCAGCCCACGGAUUUGUCUACUUUUUGACUCCAAGAACAUUCUGGCAAUCUCAUCCUUUCACCUUAAUCGAUUCUAUCACAGACAAAAACCACAUUCAUUUCUACUGCAAGAUUAAAGGCGGCGUUACCAAGCUCAUGGGUCAUAGAGUUAAAAACCACGACCAGAAGGUUUUUAAUGUCAAAGUCCUUGUUGAAGGCCCCUACGGUUUAAGAAGCCCAUACCAUCAGUACGACAAGGCUGUUCUGAUUGCCGGUGGUAAUGGUAUCCCAGGCCCAUUCUCCUACGCACUGGACCUUGUGUCUAGAGAAGUCAAGACAGAGGUAAAACUCUACUGGGCAGUGAGAGAAUACAACUCCUUAAACUGGUUCAAGGAAGAACUCAUGCAAUUCAAGGGCACCAAUUGCAGACCUAUCAUUUAUGUCUCCAACCCCAAUUCUAACAUAGCUGAAGUCGAUGCUGACAUCAUUUCCAGUUCUGGUAGCUCCGUGGAGUUUUCUGAAGAAAAGAACUCGGAAAGAGAAAAGACUUCCGAGCAAACCCUUACCCUGGAAACUUUGCAACAAGCCUUUGAGUAUGUUGAAUUUAGACGGGGAAGGAUCGACAUUGACCAGCUCGUACAAGAAGAAGUCUCCAAUAGUACUGGAUCCGUUGCUUUCGGUAUCUGUGCCCACCCUAAUAUGACCGAUAAUGUCAGAGCUGCUGUCAUCAAGAACUUAGACAACAAAAAGAGGAUUGACUACUUCGAAGAGAUGCAAACCUGGUAA